AUGAACGAGAAAGUCUCUAAGGAUACCAAGAGCAAACGUCCAAGAGUUGUCCUUGCAUGCAACAGAUGCAGACAGCGCAAGACCAAAUGUGAUGGACAACAACCAGUCUGUGGUGGGUGCAUGAAGAAACAAGUUGAGUGUUCCUAUGGUGUCAAGUAUAACAGGGCCCAUGUCACCGUGGAAUACGUACGACAAUUGGAAGAAAAAUUAGGAAUUGCUCCAGACUCGACAGACGCAAUGGGUGCUGGUUCCAUGGACAAGAAACGCAGGGGUAAAGAUCGGGACUACUAUGGAUCUUCUGCCGCAAUAUCAUUCAUGAAAGACAUAUCCAAUGUUAUUGAUGGGUCAUAUAGAUCAGAAUUGGGAAGCAGCACAACCACCGAGGACGAACGAGACACAGAAAAGUCAAAUGUGUACAGGAUGUCUAGAAACGACGCCGCCGUUUCUCGAAGAACCACCGACAUAGUGCUACCACCAAGAGCCAUGGCUGAUCGCUAUGUCAAGAACUAUUUCGAGUAUGCAUACACUUUAUACCCGUUUGUUCACCAACCCACGUUCAUGGCCACCUAUCAAACGAUAUGGUCCAACAAUGACGAUGACAAUGAAAUUGACGAAUUGUUUUAUUCCAUCGUAAACAUUAUCUUUGCAUUUGGAUGUCAAUUGACUCCCGAACCAGAAAAACUCGAAGACAAUUCUGAACUAUACUUUGAAAGAUCACAGGAAUUGUUACGAUUCCACUUGAUGGACACUGGUUCUAUCCUUCUUGUUCAAGCAUUAUUAUUAACCGGCCAAUUCUUGCAAGCUAGCACCGGCCUGGCUGGAUGUUGGAAUAUUGUUGGGUUGUCCAUUAGAAUAGCACAAGGAUUGGGAUUGCAUCUGGAGCAGAACUAUGCCAGUGCCAAGAGUCUCAUAGAUCGAGAAAUAAGAAAGCGGUUAUGGCAAGGUUGUUUGCUUAUGGACAGAAUUGUUUCCAUGACUAUGGGAAGACCAUUAAUGGUGACACAAGAUAAUGAACUGGGUGAGUUGCCAUUAUGUGUCGAUGAUGAAUACAUUAAAGAUGAUGCAAUCUUGCCCAUGAAGACUCCUUCCAAGAUAGGAUUCUUUAUCCAAACCAUCAAGUUGUAUAAUAUCCUUGCUGAUAUAUUGAAACAGGUUUAUCCGAAUGAAAUCCAGGAUGAUGUUGUCCAAUUACUUUUGAACAUAUUCAACUUUGAAAACAGAUUGAAUGAAUUUAGGGCAAACUUACCUGAAUACUUACAAUACAAGUCCGAUGAACGGAAAAUGAUGCCGUUUGAAAGACAAAGUAUUGUUUUGCAUAUUAGAACUCUCCACAUGAAAAUCAUGCUUUAUAGACCAACCCUUUUCCCCAAAUCAUCCAGAAACCACACCCACACUUCGGAGUUAUACACGUCUACCCAAAAAUCAGUGGCUAUUCUGUGCGUUAAAUUAGCUGUGGAAUUGAUUGAUCUUAUUGGAAGAUAUAGAGCCGGUGAUAUAAUCUACUUACCAGCACACUGGUAUAACGUCUUCUACAUCUACACUGCCGCCAAUGUCCUUCUUGCAGCCAAACUUCAAGUGGGUCUCCACCGAGAUUUAGACUUGGCCACUUUUGAAAACGCCUGGAACCACAGUUUAGAGAUCUUGGGAUCAUACACUCAACAUUCAGAAUCAGCAUCUCGUUGCCUUAAAGUUCUUGAAAUGAUGGGUAAUAAGGUGAACAUAUCUUCCCAGAGAUUAGCCACCCAAAGAAACACCCCAGUUCCUCACUUGCAUCAUGAUUCCGAUCAUUUACACCCGGCAUCUACUGCUGUACCUGGUUCGGUCUACCCAUUGCAUAACUAUAGCCCUAGUUCCACCAGCUCAGAAGUGCCUACAGAUGUGUUGUAUUCCUUGCUUUACGAUACUGCGGGGCCAUUUGGUGGUCCGUUCCAUUACUCCGACGACCCCAAUGUGUUGGGAUUGCGAUAG